ACUUUAUCGAUAUAAUAUUGUAGUGCAUUCAGUAUUCACUAUUCAGCAUURCCGUGACAACUAGUAAAUGUUCAAAAUCUAAUUUUCUCUUUUUGGUGAAUACCUUUAUUAUAUAAUAAGAAAACAUUUCUUUGUUCCAAAUCAAGUUUAAAACGAUGGUUGAAGCUAAUGAAGGGACCCUUUUUGUGGUGGAUGAAGUAAGCGAUAUUAUUAAGGAUUCAAUCGAACAUUCAAUCGGCAGUCAAUUGUACCAACAAAAUAUGGUAAACAAAUGGACAGAUUCUGUAGUUGAAAAUUGUCUAACAAGACUUUGUAAAUUGGCCAAACCUUUUAAAUAUAUAGUGACGUGUGCCAUCAUGCAAAAAAAUGGUGCUGGUUUUCAUGCAGCAAGUUCGUGUUAUUGGGAUAACUUGACAGAUGGUAGUUGUACCGUUAGAUGGGAAAACAAAACUAUGUAUGUCAUUGUAUCAGUUUUUGGCCUAGCCAUAUGAAUAAUCAAAUUAAACUUUUGUACAAAAAUACUUACAUGUUUACACUAUUGAAUAAAUAAUUAUAUGUUUUGAUUUUUAAUACAACAGGUAUGAAACAAUAAAAAUAUUUUCAUACUUUUAGUUUUGUCAUAUCAUAAUCAGUAAAAUUAUAAUUG